AUGUCCACAUCUGUUCAACUACACCCACCAGCCCUCACUUCCCCUGACCACCCAGUUGUCCACUCUCCACUCCCGCAACUCUUACAAACACCACACGGCCUUGCGCUGCUGGAGUUACAAGGGACGAUCAACCUAACCCAGUCAGAGUCUGGGGAGCUAAUCCAGAUAGGACAGUUGGUCUUUCCAGAUUAUGUAGAAGGGGAGACAACAGGGGAGGGCCCGUGGAUAAAAAAGGUGUACAUGUACAUCGGGCAGCAUCAGAAACUUUUCGGGGAAGUGAAGAAGUUGGUUAAUGCGUUGGCGGUGGUGAGGAAACGACAGCGGGAUGGGGGGAAUGGGGAUGAGCUGGAGGUGGUGGAGAUUGUAAAGUGGAAGUUGGUGUUUAGUGGGCGGCCUGAGCCGGUGACGAGUUCGGGGUUGGAGAGGGAGAGGGUCGAGGGGGUAGGGGGGGGAGAAUAAAGGGAGGGGGUAUGAACGUGGUAACUGUCGGUGUGUGUAGGUUGAACCUAAACAUGGGGCGUCUGAAAUGUGCUCUCAAAGAACACGAGGAAAUGGCGUAAAAGCUUAUCUCUCAACAACAACAACUGG